UCUAUUUCUUAUAAAAAUUAGUUUGAAACCAUAAAAUUUGACCCCGUCUCAAAUCUCAAUUCCAAUGGAAGCUCCGAGGGCCCAGAUUGAGAAUAAUCUCGGGAAAUGAAAUGCAAAUUUUCCCACAGGAUCUGGAUAUUCCCUGACAUUAGCCACGUUUCUCUGGCCCGCCUUGAAACCGACCGCGUGCUUUGCUCGUAAUACCUUUCAUUCAGCAGCUCACCAUUAUUUCGGUACAAAUCGGAUAUCAACGAAAUGAACGAUUUCAAGCGCUAAGACAUCGUAGAAUCAACUAGCUGGAAUAAAAUUAAUUACGUAGCGACUCGGUAUUUGUAAAUUGUGAACCAAUUUUCAUGACCGAUAGCUCAUGUUUAUAGUUUAUCUCCAUUCACCUUUAUAUUUAAAGAUUUGGGUAGUCUGGUUUCAGCUGCUUUCGCUCAUUAAUACAAGUUCUUUACUGACGAUUGGUUCAGUAUCCAUUGUGCUUUAAUUUCUCAUUUCGGCAUCCCCGAGUCCCUUGUCAAGUUGUAUGUAAAAAAUGUCCAAGCAAAGAAACUAUCGAAUAUAAUUUUUCUACGGCGAAGACUGAUUCAAAAGAUCAGUGUUCAAGAUAAACUGAAAUAAAUAACCAUGCCACAAAACGAGUAUAUUGAACGUCAUCGGAAGCUGUAUGGGAGAAGACUCGAUUAUGAAGAACGAAAACGAAAACGAGAGGCUAGGGAGCCUCACAAGCGUUCUGAGAAGGCCCGCAGUCUACGUGGUCUCAAGGCCAAAAUAUUCAACAAAGAACGCCGGAGUGAGAAGAUACAAAUGAAGAAAAAAAUCAAGGCACAUGAGGAGAAGAAGGUACAAAAGAAAUCAGAGCCUGUUGCCGAAGGAGCUCUCCCUGUUUAUUUGCUCGAUCGAGACGUGUCCUCAAGAGCCAAGGUCCUAUCUAAUAUGAUAAAACAGAAGCGUAAAGAAAAAGCUGGGAAAUGGGAUGUUCCAAUACCAAAAGUAAGGGCCCAAUCGGACUCUGAAGUGUUCAGAGUAAUGCGAACUGGAAAGUCCAAGCGAAAAGCAUGGAAGAGAAUGGUAACAAAAGUGACGUUUGUCGGAGAGGGUUUCACUAGAAAACCACCAAAAUUUGAGAGGUUCAUCAGACCAAUGGGACUUAGAUUCAAAAAAGCCCACGUCACCCACCCAGAGCUGAAAGCGACCUUUUGCCUGCCAAUAAUUGGUGUUAAAAAAAAUCCUAGCUCAGCCAUGUAUACGACACUUGGAGUUAUUACUAAGGGAACAAUUAUCGAAAUAAAUAUAUCAGAACUUGGACUUGUCACACAGUCUGGUAAAGUCGUAUGGGGUAAAUAUGCUCAGGUUACGAAUAACCCAGAAAAUGACGGUUGCAUCAAUGCAGUUUUAUUGGUUUAAUUUUAACAAUCUUGUUCUCUAUGCAAAUAUUGCUUAUAUUUGCAGCUGAAUAUGUUUAUAUGUAUAAUCCUAAUUUAAGUUAUGUACCCAAGACGACUGAAUACCGAACGUGAAUAAAACCAUUUCUCAAACAUCA